AUUAAAUAGACACUUAGGACCAAAAUGAAGAUAGUGCUUUAAUUUGAUCUAUCUUUAUUGAUUUCUUUAUUUAUUUUGUCUGAUCUGAUUUCCGGUGCUUGUUGCUCUCCUCCCCUUCACGCUUCCUGUGCUCCUGCGCGCUCCCGCACGUGCCGUUCACGCGCGUUAUUCCGUUCCCGUGCCCUCCAGUUAAUGAGCGCGCUGUGGUGGAGAUCAGACGGGGUUUAAAGGCAGAGAGAGAGAGAGAGGGAGGAAACAGCGAACCCCAGAGUCUCACCUGCACACGUGUGUGUGUGUGUGUGUGAGAGAGAGAGAGAGAGAGAGAGAGAGAGAGAUACGGAUCGGGAGGGUGUGGUGAGGCUGAUAUAGCAAGCGCGAGCGUUUGGAGAGAGACAGAAGGACUGCGUGAAGAGAGCGCGUGUUGAGAGAGGUGUGUUGUUCUGCGCGCGCGGCAUGGCUUCGUUUCAGGGUAAAGGGGAGCUGCGCCACGCGGACUGGAUGGCCAACCUGCCCGCCAACCUGCACACGCUCCCGCUCACCAACCUCGCCAUACCGGGAUCCCAUGACUCCUUCAGCUUCUACAUCGAUGAAGCGUCUCCUGUUGGACCCGAACAACCCGAAACGGUGCAGAAUUUUGUUUCAGUUUUUGGAGCCGUGGCUAAAAAGCUGAUGAGGAAGUGGCUCGCGACACAAACCAUGAACUUCUCCAGCCAGUUAGAGGCCGGAAUUCGAUUUUUCGACCUUCGCAUCUCCACCAAACCCAGAGAUCCUGAAAACGAGCUGUACUUCGCCCAUGGGCUCUUCAGCGCCACUGUACGUGAAGGUUUGGAGCAGAUCAGCGCUUUUCUGUCCUCCCAUGCUCGAGAAAUUGUCUUUCUGGACUUUAAUCAUUUUUACGGUGUGCAGAACCUGCAUCAUGAAAAGUUGGUCCAGAUGCUGCGCACCGUGUUUGGAGAUCGUCUUUGUCCCGUGGUUUUUGCUGAGGAAGUGAGUCUGAAGUAUUUAUGGGAGAAGGAGUACCAGGUGUUGGUGUUUUACCACAGCCCCAUGGCCCUGGAAGUGCCGUUUCUGUGGCCCGGUCAGAUGAUGCCGUCUCCAUGGGCCAACACCACCGACCCGGAGAAACUCAUCCAGUUCCUCCAGACCUCCGUGACCGAGCGCAGACGGAAAGGAACGUUUUUUGUUUCCCAGGUGGUUCUCACGCCCAAAGCGAGCACCGUGAUGAAAGGAGUUACCAGCGGACUUAGAGAGACCAUCACGGAGAGAGCUCUUCCAGGGAUGAUGCAGUGGAUUCGAUCUCAGCGUCCAGGUGAAAGUGGCGUUAACAUUAUCACGGCUGAUUUCGUGGAGCUCGGCGAUUUCAUAAGCGCUGUUAUUACUCUUAAUUAUUAUCUGGGCGAGGAUGAUGAAGAAGAUGCCACCUGAACCCCGGCCCGCAGACGCACUUAUUGUUUUCCUGUGCUAGUUUUACGUUUUGAAAAAUGGCCUUCCUCUCUGGUUUUAGGGCUAAUAAAAAAAAUGAAGGGCAUGAGUGUUGGAAAUUCUGAAGGCAGGAAUAAUAUGUGUGUGUGUUAGGCAUGUGCCAUUUAUCAGUUCCACCACGUAUCCUUACAUUUACAUAUCCUUAUAUUUACAUAUCCUUAUAUUUACAUAUCCUUAUAUUUCACACCGACAGUAUUAUUAGCGAGACUCUGAAACAGCUGCUCAGGAGAGCUGUCCUUGGUACUGGAGGUAAAGACUGUUUCUUUCAGAACGUGGACGGAGGAAGGUCGUGUGAAGGUCGUUAUUUUGGACAGUUUUGGAGAAGAUAACCGUUUCAUUGUGUCUCCUGGACGAGAAUGAAUAUGAAAUGCUGACGGAUCCGUUUCCCUGAGCGCUCUGAAUCAUUUUUAGUAAUGUGUUGAUUUUAAAAUGAUUAAUGUUCCAUGGUGAUAUGAAUGCGUGAUAUUACACGCAUACUGCGUGUCUGAUUUGGACUGCCAUGAAAGAAGCUUUAUUUGACUUAUUCUUCUCCGCAUCUCGUCUGCAGCAUUAAUAAACCGCGCUUUAGAGUAACAUUUUAACGCACUUCAUGGUGAAUAAAUGUUUGUAUGGUGAAUGUGAUGGUAGAAGGUUUAACUGCUGUAGUGUUGUUGUUGUGUAUGAUUGUUCAUCUGUAAAUACUGUGCAGAAUUAGCUGAAUUAUCUGUCAUGCCUAAAACCCACCAGGUUAUACUUCAGUAUUAAGUGUUUCAGGAUAUGAUCAAUCCCGGUCGGUAUUAGACUACCGAUUUCAGUACAUCACGCUAUCUGCUAACAGCUUCCCGUUUGUUAUUUACACCUCUCACAGGGUUUUAACAAUUCUCUAACAGAUUUCGAGGAAUGUGCUGCACCUGGAAAUGUGUUUUUUUUGUGGUCUGAUGUCAUUAUUUUUUAUCUCUUUAUCAUAGAAAUCUAUCUAUUUUGAGAUUUUAUUAUCACAGUGUGAUAACGCAACAAAAUGAUUUUUCGUACAGUUUUAUAUUUAGUUUCAUACUCGAUAAAACAGUACAUCCAGCUAAUAUCAAGUUUCUGUGUUUCAGAUGCAUGACUGAGAUUUCAGUGUUAAUGCUAGUCCCUAACCAAGACUACUAAUCCCUUAACCAAGACUACUAAUCCCUUAACCAAGACUACUAAUCCCUAACCAAGACUACUAAUCCCUAACCAAGACUACUAAUCCCUAACCAAGACUGACUACUAAUCCCUAA